UGCUUUCUGGUCAGUUUUCCAAUUAUUAACGAGGGUGGCGCUAGGGUCGUGAUUCGGUGCCGCACUCGGCACUACUAUGUUGGCAAGCAAGACGAGAGGGAAACCGUUUCCAGGGGCGCGAUGCGAUUAAUAAACGUUGCAUCGCUUUUGAAAACUCCAACGAAUCGACCGACACCUUGACAAGAUGAAGUUCGAUUUAAUAUCUCGUUGUACGACGGUCCGGUAGUUAUGAAAUCUCAUCGAUACGCUUCGUGUUGUACACCGUCUCUCCCUUCUACUUUCCUCCGUGUUAUCGAUUGUUACGAACGCGCCGCCUGAUAAUGCGUUAAAUGUGCACUUCCUUUAAUCGAAAUCACAUAUCCUCGCGUUUACACGACGGAAAGAAAUCGAAUAUCGUGAUACGAUCGGAUACCGAUCAUGUAUGCCGUACUAAAAAUAACCUGCGUUUAAAUAUUGUGCGACAUGGAGUUCCCGGUAUAUCAGCCUGAAUGAAUGCAACCCUUCAACCGUGCAAACAUGGUCGAUCGUUAAGCGUAAUGAGUCUAACGUAGGCGCAUUAUUUUCGAGAUCAUAUCUGAAUGAAUUUAUCUUCUAAUUAAAUGAUAUUAUUACUAAAUUAUACUUUGGGUCAGUAAAGAUUCUGCUCUCUUAUUCCGGGGUUAAAGGAUGUUACAUUGAAAUACUUGGGGGUCCUGAUAAUUCAAAGAAAGAUAUGAAACGAUAUCUAUCCUAAUACAUCAGUAUGGAAAUGGAAAAGUGAAAGCAUGAUAUGAUAUAAUGGAAUCCAGGAUGCCAGUGAAGUACGACGAUUCUUAAGUUCAGCAUGGAACUUAGAAAAGGGCUAUGGUCGAAAAAAAUCCUGCUACCGGCCUGUUUUCUGGUAAUUCUAAUCUGGAUCUUUCUAAUCGACAAUUCCUUGCUCCUGGUCGGCCUGUCCGGCAAAGCGACCCUACAAAAACCCAGAAAUUCCGUUUACUCUGCGCACAUGGUCGAUCCGAAUUUGGACCGUCUAAUCGUGAAGGAAUCCUUUUUGAUAAACGACGUCGAAUCGAGACGCACGAAAUUAUCGAAACUUCAAGUGGUGUCACUUUGGACAGGCAACAACAGCGUUAAGGGAAGCUCAGGUACAUUGCGAAAGUAUCAGGUGUUGAGACAACAAGGUUUAAUACCUAGCAAACAAUUACCGACUGCGUUGAUAAUCGGCGUGAAGAAAGGCGGAACCAGAGCCCUGUUAGAGUUUCUAAGGUUACAUCCGGCUAUACGAGCCGCCGGAUCGGAAGUACACUUUUUCGAUCAUCAUUACAUCAAGGGAUUCCAUUGGUACAGACACCGGAUGCCUCCUACAUUGGCCACUCAAAUUACGAUGGAAAAAACACCGUCGUAUUUCGUGACUAGCGAGGUACCGAGAAGAGUUCAACGCAUGAAUCCGGCAAUGAAAUUGAUUCUCGUAGUAAGGGAUCCGGUUACCAGAGCGAUAUCCGAUUAUACUCAAGUGAAGAGUAAACGAGCAAACAUGCCAAAAUUCGAAGAUCUAGCAUUUCUGAACGGAUCCAAGAUCGUGGACACUUCGUGGGUACCAUUGAAGAUCGGAGUGUACGCGAGACACUUGGAAAGGUGGCUUCAAUAUUUUCCGUUAUCGCAAUUCUUAUUUGUAUCCGGGGAGAGAUUGAUCAUAGAUCCUGUCGCCGAGGUAACGAGGGUACAAGAUUUCUUAGGCCUAAAGCGAGUUAUAUGCGAGAAACAUUUUUAUUUCAACGCUACCAAAGGGUUCCCUUGUCUGCUCAAAUCUGAAGAACAUCCUACACCCCAUUGCCUUGGUAAGAACAAGGGUCGUAGUCAUCCUUACAUAGAUCCUGUAGCCAUACAACGAUUGAGAGAUUUUUAUCGUCCAUUUAAUCAACGUUUCUAUCAAUUAACCGGGAUGGAUUUCGGCUGGUUGUGAGAACAAGUGCAAUAAGCUAAUACAUAUCGAUGCUAGUUAAAUAAAACAUAGUCAAUUUUUACUGAGAUACGACACAUACGAAUGCCAUUAGUCUGCACCAAGAUAAAUUAUCGGUAAAAGAUGAUUACUGGUUAGGUUAAUUUCACUCAACGUAACUAACAGGCAUUAUUUUAAUGUGUUGACAAUACGCAAGAGAAUUCGUGUUUGUGAUAUUACCGCUAGGGGAUGGACGAUAUCGAUGAAAAAUUUACAUUCGUAAUUUAAAUGCUGUAGAUAUUUGAUUUAUACUGUAGCAAGGGAGAACAUCGCGUAAUAGUAAAGUAAUCAAUUAAUAAGUUGGAAAUAUUAUACGAUUCGUAUUUUUGUGUUUUGUAAUUGGAAAUUGACAUGCGCUAUGAAAAGAGUACCAUGAGCGCCAUCUUGUUGCACGCGUAACUAUUGUUUUAAAGGUACGCAUUGAUUUCAAAUUUGAAAAAAUCUAAAAGUAACUAAAAGUACUUGUAGCUGAGUUUAUUAUUCGUUCAAUGGGAGACCAUACCUCUUUAACGCAACUCAGGGAAGACUUCUCUCAGUUCGAACUUCGUGACACUUGGCGGUCACAUAAGUACACGGCGGAUAAAAAAACACGAACAUGAAAAGUGAAUACCCCAUCGACGGUCGGAGCGUAUACUAAAUAUAAGACCACUAGAUAUGCUGCGCAGCGCCACGACGCGCAUGCGCAAACGAAGCAUGCUUGAACUAAUCAGAGUUGACAUGCAUGUGCGCAUGCGCAAAACGAAUGACAACUAUUUCAAAUAUGAUCUUAUGUUGAACGAAUAAUAAAUUUGAUGAUUUUUAAACUUCCAUUAGCACUAUCGAACAAAAUAUGUAUAUAAACUUGAAUCCUAGCACCGAAUAGAAGAAACAGAAUAUUUUAAAUGAGGUUUCGUUUGGAUCAUAUUGAAAUUCUCUUGCAAAAUUAGAAGCAGAUCAUUGUCGUUACUGAAAACGAUUCUUAUUGUAAAAUUUAUAAUAAUUAAGCAACAAACCAUAAGUACAACUUAAAGCAAUGGAAAACUAUGUCUCCUUUUUACAAGUUUCAAUGAACAUACGAUGUCAAUUAGACAUUUGCAACGACGAGGGUUGUUAAAAAGUUUGUACAACCGCGAAACACAAUUAAUUUUGCUACGUGCAAAUAUGCACCAGCUUGCAGAAAUUAUAAAACGAAUACAGUGUAUUUAUAUUUUGCAAACGUGCACACAUAUAUAUAUACGUAUUAUAAAACGCGAAUUUUUACAAACUCGAUGAUAAAGUAAAUUUUAAUUAAACGGUAGAAAAUGUUAGUUGUUAAUUAUUAGAGUUUGUUCCAAGUGAGUUGAACGUUUAGAAACUUUUAUUGACGAAAAUGAAUUUUGUGUAAUUAGAAAUGUUAAUUGAACGAAUCGCAACGACCGUAUCGUUGAUUAAUUAAUUACGUGUUAAUUUGCUCAAGCGAUCUAAUCGACCUACUUAAGAGAUACAUAUCUGUAAAUAAACAAUCAUUUCACGAAACACUGAGUAACAUGUUUUACUUACGUUUCACCCCGACUAUUUAUUUAUAACACUAUCCACAUAUUUAUCGUUACUCGAUUUAUUCGUAUUCGCAUUAGAAGAUAUUACAAGUAACAAAUAACAACAAAGAUGGAUCCUCCGUUACACAGAUUCCCUAAUGAAAGAUUGCAUUCGAUUUUUUAUCAAAAAAAAAAGGAAGAAGAAUUAACACGAUACGCGUGAAUGUUUUCUAUACAUUUGUGAACGAGUAUUCUUAACAUAGUUUCCUUAAAUAUUCCAUCCUCUGUUUAUUUAUUUUUUUUUAUACAAAUAUAUGUCGUUAAGGCAUUAAAAAAAAAUAUAUAUCUCUCUGGUCCGUCUAUCUAAUUCUACUGAACUAUUGACAAAAAAAGAAAUAGAAAGAGAAAAACAGAAGAAAUCGUGCCAUUCGAUGGAAGACAGAUAUUUCCUGAAAUUAUGCUCAAUUUUUUAUCUCUUAUUUUGAAUAAAAUAAAAAGAAAAAAUUGAGAACCGUCUACUGUUCCAUCGAGAUGGUAACAUAUAUAUGUAUAUCUAUAUAUAAAAAAAAUGAAAUGUAAGUGCGACAUACGUUUUAUUGAUACUCUAAUCUUAUGUUAAAAGAUUCUUGAGCAAUCUUAUCGAUUGGUGGACGGAAUUACAUACUGUUGAGAGAGAGAGAGAGGCUAUUACAAUACAGUAGGUCAGUAUGUUCAUCAUACAUAAUAAAAACUAACGCAUAAUAAUAGUAAUUCGAUUUGUGUAACAAAUACUGAUUCAAUGUGAUCGGGAUAGAACGAAUACCCAUACGUUUUCCACCGCGGGAUUUAUCGACUUCUUUCUAUCCAAAUUCAACAGCACAACAACCGAUUUCUCGAAUGAUCUCUCCACUAAUAAGUCAAACAUUGUCUACUCUCCUAUUAUUUUCAUCUUUCAAUGUAACAGACACAGUGUGAUACUAUAAAAAAAAAAA